GACAGACACUUCAUGUCGUCCAUGAUGUAUAAAUGGACAAUAUUAAUAGGAAACACAGAACAGGCCAAUCUCAACAGGUCAGAGCAUGUUGCAGAUGGCACACAUAUCUCCUACCGCCAAAAAUGUCAAACACACAUCGACAAAGACCCAUUGCAGAUGACAAAGAAAGGACCUAUCAGCAGUCGACAGACAAGUCAGCGACAUGUCUCUCGCACCCGCAGCAACACUUGGUCUAUCAAGAGAAGACCGCCUGAAAAGCGUCGCUCCAGGCUACGCUCCACCUGAGACACAACAAGCAACAUGGAGACGGAGAAUAGAAAUCGUGAGAGGCGCGGUAGGAGGGGAGGCCACUCGUUUGUGUGUACCUCCAGUAUGCUCUGAACACACGAGAGUUCACACCAGCAGCACCCCACAGCCAAUACACAAUCCUGCGCGGCACGAAUGCACACGGACAGUCAGGAGUGGUUGUGUCUCCCCUAUUGCUUGGGUGUGUGUGCGUGCCUUGUGUCCAGGUUGGACAGGAGAGUGUAUGGCAUGUGCGCGUCCAGCGGCUCGUCCGAGUCGGUGAUCACCAUCCCAUUCGCCACCAGGUGCGAGUCCAGCGUGUAGAUCAGCUCCAAACCAGACAACUGAAAACGAGAAACCGGCAAUUUCUUUUGAAAGUGGCAUCCAGGCGUACACGUGCUUUUACCUGUGUUGAUCUUCUCGCACCAGUGACGCGGGCAGGGCCAGACGGCCAGGAAAUCGAGGCAUUUGGUGGCGCGGCGGGCGACACGGCCGCCUCAGUGACAUUGCUCCUUCCUGCCGCACUGUCGCCCCCUCCUCUUCUGUGCCAACAUCGUGAUGGCAUUUCUUGCGCGGCGUCUGGCUCUCCUCCGGAAUGGCGGCUGGGCGGCCCUACUGUCUCAAUCCAGUCGCCAGGCAUCACCUGAUCGGCACUGACGACAUGCCGGCCCCUCCCUCUUCUCACCACAGGCAGCCUGUGAGAGGGCGACAGACGGAGAGACACCGAUGCCGACGAUGAGGAGCAUGGUGGCGGUGCAUCCUCAGUCCUUGUGGCCUCGAUGUCGAUCACACGAGUCGGCCUCACUGCACACAAAGGGUGCACAGACGCAGGCAGCCACUUAUGGAAUACAAAGAGGUAGACGUGUGUGCGUGUUGUCCCUGACGUACUUGGGUACGACUCCCUGAAGUACACCUCUGUCAGUCUGGGCUGCCCUCCUGCGUUCCCGUCGUAUGACAGUAUCCGAUCGCCCACACGCACCUCAGACGCCGCCACGGCCUCCAGCGGCUGAAACGGCUUGGUUGCUCUCUUUUCCGCUUUCAAAGCCUCCUUGUCCGGCCUUUUGGCCAUGAUCCCAACACCCAGCAACAGAUCGAUAAGGCGACCGAUGACCAGGAAGAGUGACAUGACACGACUCACUUCGCCGAGACUGCUACGGCGAAAGAAGUGAGCCUCAGUGUUUCCUCCCCUGUGUUGGAACGAGUGGUGCAGGCGGGAGCUCAGCGAUUGAAAUGAUGACAACGGAUCUCCUGUGUUGGAUAAUCGGACCAGCGGCCGUGGUGUCUCGUUGUGUGUCGGGACCCUCCAGAUGGUGGCAUUGGGGUCGAUGCACGUUUUCUGCGAAAAGGACUGUGCGCAAUUGAGCGGCUCGUCAGGCUGGCCGACCCACGUGCCCCAGAGACACUGGUAGUCUACAGCACAAACACACACACGCACACAUACAGACACACUUACAUUCGCUGUGUCGAAGCGAAGCGUGUAUCUUCGACGUACGUUUGCCUGAUCUCUCGCCGUGGAGUCUCGCCAUCGGGUUGGCCAU